UCCUUUCUUUAUACCUCCCCGUCCGUUCCAUGAAUUCUAGAUCUUCACCGACUUGAACUUGGAUCCAAUUCUUCCCUCACCCCCACAAAUCCGUAUCAUCAAUUUCCUAGAAAGUCGUCAUCAGCGAAAGGAAUUCAUUUCACCAAGAUGGCGCGUAGCUACUUGGGCCUCACAGGAGGCAAGUUGCAGAUCGCGAUCAGUUUGAUUGCUGGUUUGGAUUUCUUGCUCUUCGGAUACGACCAGGGUGUCACUGGUGGUCUCCUGACCCUCGAUUCAUUCAUCAAAUACUUCCCUACCAUCUCGACCAGUGGGUCUUACUAUGAAAACUUAAGCUCAAGUGCGAGAUCUGCUCAGUCCACUCGCCAAGGUAUUGUUGUCGCAGCUUACAACUUGGGAUGUUUUGCGGGCUCGAUUCCGACAAUAUGGAUUGGCAAUUGGCUGGGUCGACGGAAGACAAUCUUUGUCGGCUCGGCUAUCAUGGUUGUUGGUGCACUGCUGCAAUGUACCUCCUACGAUCUAGCCCAGUUCAUUGUCGGACGUCUAGUGACUGGCUUCGGAAAUGGCAUGAACACCUCAACGGUGCCUACAUGGCAAUCUGAAUGCUGUAAAUCGAACCGCCGCGGCCAGCUAGUUAUGAUCGAAGGCGCCAUGAUCACCUGCGGCAUCACCAUCAGCUACUGGAUCGACUUUGGCCUGCUGUUCGCCGACCCCAGCGAGGUGGCUUGGCGGUUUCCCCUCGCCUUCCAGAUCUUUUUCGCUCUGAUCAUUCUAGCUUUCGUUAUGUUCCUCCCGGAAUCACCUCGCUGGCUCAUCUUGAAGGGCCGUGAAGAUGAGGCGCGUGAAGUGCUUUACUCCUUGAAUGGAAAGCACGACGAGACUUUCAUCGAGACCGAGUUCGCACAAAUCAAAGCCACUGUUUUGGAGAUGGCCAAGGGCUCUUUCCGCGACAUGUUUACCAUGACUGAGGAUCGUCACUUCCACCGCGUGGUACUGGCCUAUGUCAACCAGAUGUUCCAGCAGAUUUCAGGUAUCAAUCUGAUCACCUAUUACUGUUCUAUUGUCCUCGAAAACCAGCUUGGAAUGAGCCUGGAAAUGUCACGACUGAUUGCAGCUUGCAAUGGAACGGAAUACUUCCUUGCGUCUUGGAUUGCCGUCUUCACCAUCGAGAAAUUUGGACGGCGGCAGCUGAUGCUGUUCGGUGCCGCGGGUAUGUCCAUUUCCAUGGUCAUUCUGGCGGUAUGUGCCAGUCUCGAUACGAACGGGGCCAAGGUGACUGUUGUCGUGUUCUUGUUCAUCUUUAACACAUUCUUCGCCAUCGGUUGGUUGGGCAUGACCUGGUUGUAUCCAGCCGAGGUGGUUCCUCUCAAGAUUCGGGCUCCGGCAAACGCACUGGCCACGUCGUCCAACUGGAUCUUCAACUUCAUGGUGGUGAUGAUCACCCCAGUGGCAUUCGACAACAUUGGGUACCAGACCUACAUUAUCUUUGCCGUCAUUAACGCAUUCAUCUUCCCCGUGGUGCUCUUCUUCUACCCUGAGACUGCGUGCCGGUCACUUGAAGAGAUGGACCGCAUUUUCCGGAAAACCAAGAGUAUCUUCCAAGUGGUGAAGGUUGCCAACGAGGAACCUCACAUGUACGGCCCCCGCGGUGAGCUGCUGCGGACGCUAGACGACGAGGAGGAUGAUGCGGUGCGUCGCACGAGCGUGCUGAGUCACUCCAUUAAGGACGCCGAUAAGGAUAGCGAUGAUGUGGCUAGCACCGAGAAGAUCUAGAAUGAUCGGCCAUCGAAUCUGCGCGGAUCGCUCCGAU